GGCUGAACACUGGAGGGUGAGGAGACUCGCUCGCUCGCCCGCCCGCCGGCCGCCACGCUCACAGCAGCGUACGCUUCGCGCGCCCACCGCCCGCUGGCGCCGCACGGGCUGCUUCUUACCCAUGAUCCUCCGCCGGCCCCGCGCGAGAUCCCCAGUGCGCACGAGCGGCGGAAAAAUUACUAUGGUGGCGGAGCGCCGUGGACCCGUUUUCCGCUUCUAGUUCGGGAUAAGCGGACGAUUCUACAUCGAGAAUAAGUGUAGCUAAUGGGGUGCCACUGCAAACCUUAACUGCAGUUGCAAAGAUGGCUGGGAAAGCAAGAUGAGAGACAGCAAAGAGAUAGAGGACUGUACAAGAAUGGCAGAACUAUUUAUGGAAUGUGAAGAAGAAGAAUUGGCACCUUGGCAAAAAGGGAAUAAAGACGAUGAAGAUGAUGAUGAUGAGCCCAUUUUUGUGGGAGAGAUUACAAGCUCCAAAAACGCCAGUUACCUAAGUAAAACAGGAAGCACGACAUUUAAUUUGGCACAGCGUGCAGGAAUGCAAAAUGGUGGACUCAGUAGAAGCUUGAUGGUCUCCUUUGGCAGUGAUUCAUCUUCUACAGUUCAGUCUGUCAACCAACAGUCGAUAACUUCUGCUCCAUCAAAUUCUGGCACAAUGGCUGCAUAUCAGCCAGGAUCUCGACCUAUGGCUACUUCGUUAACAACACAGCCUAUAGUAUCGCAGGGUUUUAUUGUGAAAGAUAUGGGUUCGCCUGCAUCUGCAUCUCCAAAUUCAGGUGGCACGAUGUACAAUACAAGGAAUCCACGUUAUCAAAAUAGAACAAGUAUUCCAUUGUUAUCUGGAGUCAUUUCCCAAACAGGAAGAACAGGGGUUCCUCAAUUAAGACCAGUUGGUACUGGUCGUACAAUUCCAAAUAUCAGUUAUAGUCCCACUCAAAUGAAUUCAUCUAUACAAAGUGGGCAGAAAUUGGGGCAGAAAAACUCUCCCAAACCUCUCCAAACAACUCAGAUCCUUAACCAUGCCAGUGGAAUAGCAAGUGCAGGCCAGAGCACAAGUGUCAGUAGCAAGCGCCCAGCAGCCUGUGAGAUAAACAGUAUUGGUUCAAAGAAAUCAAAAACAUUUGAAGCUGGAUCUGUAAAUAAUCCUUCGACUUUAUCACCAUCGUCAACUGGAUGUCCUGUGAUGGUAUCAUCGUAUAGCAGUACCUCAAAAGGAUCACAAAGUAAUAUUAAAAAUGGAGUACCAGUUCCAAGGGCUUGUCCAAAAUGCAACAUUCACUUCAAUGUCUUGGAUUCUUUACGGCAUCAUAUGGUUUUCUGCUGUCCGGAUCUGGUGUCCAGCUACUGUCCUGUAUCAUCUUCCGAGCAAUCUCUAAACAAGCCAUUAGAAGUUGAAAAAGGGAAACUUAUAAUGUUGGUGAAUGACUUUUAUUAUGGAAAAGAUGAUGGUGAAGCACAUCUAAACCAGCAAGAUCAGAAGACAAAUACAACCUUUAAGUGCUACAGCUGUCUGAAGAUCCUUAAGAAUAAUAUAAGGUUUAUGAACCACAUGAAACAUCAUAUGGAAUUGGAGAAGCAGAGUAGUGAGAGCUGGGAAAAUCACACCACCUGUCAGCACUGUCACCGUCAGUUCCCCACACCUUUCCAACUACAGUGCCAUAUUGAAACUGCUCACUGCCCAUAUGAGUCAACAACAAUUUGCAAAAUUUGUGAAUUAUCCUAUGAAUCUGAGCAAGUUCUUCUACAGCAUAUGAAAGACAAUCAUAAACCAGGGGAAAUGCCAUAUGUUUGUCAGGUAUGCAGUUACCGGUCAUCAGUGUAUUCAGAUGUUGAUAACCAUUUCCGUGUUGCUCAUGAAAAUACCAAGCAGUUGCUCUGCCCAUUUUGCCUUAAGGUCAUUAAAAGUGGAAAUGCUUAUGUCCAGCAUUACAUGAGGCAUCAGAAAAAGGGAGUUUACCGUUGCAGCAAAUGUAAGCUUCAGUUUCUAACCUGUAAAGAAAAGGUGGAUCAUAAGACUCAACACCAUAGGACAUUUCGAAAACCUAUACAAUUAGAAGGUCUACCUCCUGGCACAAAGGUUACGAUUCGAGCUUCCAUGACACCUUAUCCAGUUGGAUCAUCUUCCAUGCCCUCAGUUAAUUCUGCAACUAGUUCUGUGCUCCAGAGUUCAUCUUCAGUAACAGUAAAUACUAAAUUAUACCCAUCAGCUAUAAACCAAGUUACCACCAUAGGAAAUUCACAACCAGCUCCAUACUUUAAAGAGGGAAGGAAGAAAAAUCCAGCCAACAAGAAAAUAACCAAACCUUUUACUAUUGAUCUUCAGUUUUUCAGGGACAGAUAUGGUGUUCACAAAUGUAUUGAGUGUGACACAGAAAUUAAAGAAUUAACCAGUCAUUUUGCCACUUACGCCCGUUGUUCCCUUUGUCGAUUCAGAAGUAGUUGCAACAAAUCUUAUGUGACCCAUAUGAUGAGUUUUCACACUGUCCCAAGUAAAAAUAAAUUUUGGAUGUUCAGAGAGUACUCAAACAAACUGAGAAAUAUAAAACUACUAUGUGCUAGUUGUCCAUUUGAAGCCAGCAUUACUGAUUCAGACAAAAUGGCAACACAUCUUGAUAAAAACAAGCUCCAUGUCUGUCGCAUCAUUUCAAAAUACGGUGCUUCCAGUGAUGUUGACAAUAUAUUCCAGGGGAAUGAGCAAAUCUCCACACUUGAAACAAAGAAGACUGAGGCAAAACCUUCUUUGGUAUCAUCUGAUGCUGAAACCUUGGAAAUUGGUUUAUCUGCUGAUGGAAAUGAUGAGAAAAAUGAUCAGCCUUUAAAAUGUGAGGCUGAGACUCAAUCUGUGGAAGCUGUGCCUUCACCAAAUUAUGACAAAUUAAGUGAUAAACAAGACAAAGUGAACUCCAAUGAAAAUACACAAAGUAGUGAAAGUACGGAGAAAACAACAGAUGGUCUGCUGUCUGAAUUGACUACAGAGAAGGAAUGUGAUGCUGAUGAAAGAGCUCAGGACAAUUCCUCAGACCAAGUGCUCUCGCCUCCAAACACUAAUGAAGCACAAGCUUUCAAGUCAGUUGACAAUGAUGUAGAAAUUAUUCAGAAUGAAUUUGAAGGAAUUGAUGCUUGUGAUGAAACUAAAGAUUGCAAGACUCUUACGGAUUCACUGCAGAAAUGUAAACAGACAGGAAACAAGGGAAUUGAUAAAGAAAAAUGUUUUGAAGAAAAGAGUGAUGAUACAAAUGUAGAACAGGAUAAGGAUCCCAAAGAAGAUGUUUGCUUUGAGCAGUUUUUUAGGAGCAAGGAUGAGCCAGAAGCUCUUGGUUCUGAUGUGAGUGAGCAGGGCAGCAUUCAGUUGGAACCACUUACACCUUCUGAGGUUUUAGAACAUGAAGCUACUGAGAUUCUGCAGAAAGGGGGUGUGGUGACUGCCACCAAGAGAAGGGGAACAACUUCUGCUGAGGAAAGUAAUAAAGAGACAACUCCUGCUACAGUACUGAUAAGCUCAGAGCAUCUUGAUGAAAAUGAAAAGAGCUGAAGUCUUGCAUGGGGCAUUGACUAUCUUAUUGGACUUGAUUCACAGAUACACAUACACCAAGCACACAAACACAUGUACUGUUUAAGGCUUUAAUAUUCUCAUCCCUGUUCAAACUAUAGUUCACAUUCCCGUCUUUGAGAAAAACAAAUGGCAUGUGAAAAGAAAAGACUUACAAAUCUGUAGAAUUCUGUAUAAAAUUAAGCACCUUUAUAGGUGCAGUCUUGGCAGGCUCUCAGCUUACCUAUGUAAACUUUCAGUGAAAGUGGAAUCAUUAUAAGAAAAAGCUUAGUUAUGUCAUUGUGCAGAAAAAUCUAAACAGUGUGGCACAAGGUGACAUAAUACUGCUGUUACAUAUUAUUUUUAUUAAUCAUUGCAAUAGAGAUAGAUUGUCUAGGAUGGGUUACAUGGUAAACCAAAGUGCAGUUCAUUCUUUCCUUUUACUGUAGUAAAUAGGAUAUGUUGUGUUAAGUAAUGCUUUAUUUGUAUUGGCAUGUAUCUUUUGUUGUUCAGCAGUUUAUUCUGCUUACGGCAGUAGACACAAGGCAGGAGCUGCAGAAUAUGUAAGAUUUUUUUUUAAAAACUGCAGUACUUUAUAGUGCCAAGCUAACUGACUAUAAGAGGAAGAAUAAAGCUGCUUAAAAUUAUACUGAAUAUUUUUACUACUUAUUUGGUAAAUAGUACUUUGCUAGUGAUUGGCAUUGUCUUGCUUUGGUGUACAGUUUCUGCAGAAAACAACAAAUUCCUAUUUAAGUAUCCAAACUUUAGACUUGAUUCUUUAGAUGUGGCUAAUUUUAAUUUUGUUAUAAAGGUUGUUUAAUUUUAUGAGUACCCAAUUUGGAAGUAAGAGCUCCCUAAAGCUGAUGAUAUUUGUUCAUUUCUGCUAAGUGCAUUUUUGCUAAAGACUAAUUGAAUAAAAAAUAUAAAAAACAGCAUGCAUCAGAAGUUGAUGAAUUUACAGAUUUUCAUAUAGGAUAACUACUUUUUAAAUCACUCUUCAAAUACUUUUAGUCCUUGUGGGGAAAACCUGAAAAUAUUUUUUAUCUAUCUGUCAAUAAAAAAAGUACUAUUAUAUAGAAUAAUUUUACUUAAAAGGACCUCCAGAUUCAAAGUCACAAAACAAUAAAACUCAUAAAAUUCAAUUCCUUCUGCAUUCUGUAACAUACUGAACAGUUGCACUUUCCACUUAAUAAAAUGUGAACGGUUUUUAUUUAUGUUCUUUGAUUAAAAUGGAAUAGCCCCUAUCCUUUCUUUAUAGCAUGCAUUUCCAAAACAUACCUAAAGUGACUACAUUGUCAGAAUUUUGGAUGCCCUCAGACAUUUAUAUUUAUAUUUCAUUAAUUUGUAGUCACAGUAUCAAUAUUUUUUGCUUGAUUUUUUUUUUUGCUGGCUUUUUAACAAACCUCCCACAUCAUCUUUUGCUUUCCUUUGUUCAGAGGUAGGCUUGCCCUUUUUUUCCAUUUUUGCCCUUCUGAGCUUCUACACCUGAAAGUCUUCUCACUCAGAAUAUUAGUUGGUCAUGGCUUUUCCUUUUCCUUCUUAAAAAAAAUGUCUUCAGUUGUUGGCAAUUACCCAAGCUAGUUCAUAUUUCAGCAGCUUUGGAAUUCAUAAGCUGUUGCCUUUUAAGCUAUUAGUUGCAAUCGUAAUUACAAGAAAAAUCUGUUGCAAGAUGUAUUGCAAGGUAUUGGUAAAAUACUGCAAACUCGUGCCCAGUUUUAUUGACUUCACAACCACAUUUAUGACAUUUUAUAAUCAAAAUUCCUAUCUUAUUGCAAAAUUUGAGAUCGGUUAUUAAUGUUGUAAAAGCUAUUCCAUUUAGUGAAAGAUUGGUAAAUGUAAUUUAAUUACAAACAGUCCCCUGCAAUCUGUAAAAUGUUAGUUUUAUUUCAAGCUAUUCUGUACAACUUACUGGAUGUGGCAAGAGAAGAUGCUCAACUGUUUUUAUUCCAUGUGGAUAUUAGAUUUGUUUGAUUAUAGUUAUCUACCAAGUCCUUGUGGUUUAACUUGUGCAGUCUACUUUGUAAAGGAAAAAAGAAGUGAAAUGCAGCUCCAUCUAAUAUAAUUUCCUUUACACAGUUAAUUUAUAGCAGGGUUGUAAAUAUUUUUGUAUAUGUUUUAAAUGAUUAAUUUAGAAAUUGUUAGUACUUUUAAGACUAAUCACCAUAUAUGUAUGUUGGAAUUAUGUUGAUCUUUAAUUGUCAUACCUCUAUAAAUCUUCUUGUUCUCCAGGACACUCGCACUUCAGUUUAUGAUUUGUUCAUGAAUGUUGGGUAUAAAACACAUCUGUAAAUGAAGCAGUGUGCAACUGAAUAAAUAUUAUUGAUGCCCAUGCUUGUGAAUGUUGGCAAAUGGACAAGUGCCAGAUUUUAGACUAAUUUACAUUACUGGAGAAGCUCCAGUUGUCAACAAUUUGGACCUCCAAAGUACAAAAGAAUGGCAGCACACAGUGCAAAGGCUUUUCCUUUCAGUGUGACUUUAUUUAAUGCUGGUUAACUUGGAUGAAGAGAUAUGUUUUCAUUUCUGCUGUUGCUACUUUUAGUUCUGGAAUUCAGUUGAUUCCUAUUCAGAGUAAAGUUACUGUACACAGGGAGAGUGGAAAUAAUGGUUUGUAUACUUUUCUUCUUGUAGAAGUUUAAUGUUACUUUAAUGCCAGUGCCUGCAAGCUCAAAUAAAGAAAUUGCAUCUAAUGACUUGUAAUUGUG